UUCUGUAGUCGUAUCUGAACUGGCUGGACGUGCACCUGAAGUUGUAUUGGAACAAGGAAGCCAGGGGUAGAGCAUCAUGUCAAAACCGUUGUCAGACCACGAUAAAAGGAAGCAGAUCUCCGUGAGAGGUCUUGCUGGUGUGGAAAAUGUCGCUGAACUGAAGGUCGCUUUCAACAGGCAUCUCCAUUUUACACUGGUCAAGGACAGAAAUGUGGCAAACAAACGGGAUUACUACUUUGCUCUCGCCAACACCGUGCGCGACCACUUGGUGGGCAAGUGGAUCAGAACCCAGCAGUACUACUAUGAGAAAGAUCCCAAACGUGUGUACUACAUCUCCCUGGAGUUUUAUAUGGGUCGCACCCUGCAGAACACUAUGGUGAACCUGGCCCUGGAGAACGCUUGUGAUGAGGCCAUAUACCAGCUGGGGCUGGACAUGGAGGAGCUGGAGGACAUGGAAGAGGAUGCUGGCCUGGGAAAUGGUGGUCUUGGCCGUCUUGCCGCAUGCUUCCUGGACUCAAUGGCUUCUCUAGGCCUUGCUGCCUAUGGCUAUGGUAUCCGCUAUGAGUUUGGCAUCUUCAACCAAAAGAUUGUCAAUGGCUGGCAGGUUGAGGAGGCCGAUGAUUGGUUGCGUUACGGCAACCCCUGGGAGAAGGCCCGCCCUGAGUACAUGCGCCCCGUCAAGUUCUAUGGCAGGACUGAGCACACCCCAGAUGGUGUGAAAUGGGUUGACACUCAGAUAGUGCUGGCUCUGCCAUAUGACACCCCUAUUCCCGGCUACAGAAACAACAUUGUCAACACCAUGAGACUGUGGUCUGCUAAGGCCCCAUGCGACUUCAACCUGAAAGACUUCAACGUUGGUGGCUACAUUCAGGCUGUGUUGGACAGAAACUUGUGUGAGAACAUUUCCCGCGUGCUGUACCCCAACGAUAAUUUCUUUGAGGGCAAGGAGCUGCGUCUGAAGCAGGAGUACUUUGUGGUGGCCGCCACUCUGCAGGACAUCGUCCGUCGUUUCAAGGCCUCGAAGUUUGGCUCCAGAGAGGUCGUCCGCACAGACUUUGCCGAGCUACCAAACAAAGUUGCCAUCCAGCUGAAUGACACUCACCCUGCCAUGGCUAUUCCUGAGCUGAUGAGGGUCCUGGUUGAUGAGGAGAAGCUGGGUUGGGACAAGGCCUGGGACGUGUGUGUCCGUACAUGUGCCUACACAAACCACACCGUGCUGCCUGAGGCCCUGGAGCGCUGGCCCAUUGACCUGUUCCAUCACCUGUUGCCCCGUCACCUGGAGAUCAUCUUCGAGAUCAACCGUCGCUUCAUGGAGUACGUUGCCUCUAAGUUCCCUGGAGACCACGACCGUCUGCGCCGCAUGUCUCUGAUUGAGGAGGGAGGAUGCAAGAAAGUCAACAUGGCUCAUCUGUGUAUCGUUGGUUCCCAUGCUGUCAACGGCGUGGCCCGCAUCCACUCUGAGAUCCUCAUCGCCACUCUGUUCAAGGACUUCUAUGAGUUGGACCCACACAAGUUUCAGAACAAGACCAAUGGGAUCACCCCCCGUCGCUGGCUGGUUAUGUGCAACCCCGGCUUGGCGGAGGUCAUCGCAGAGAAAAUUGGAGAGGAGUUUAUCCGUGACCUUGACCAGCUUAAGCGACUGUUGAAGUUCGUUAAUGAUGAUGCUUUCAUCCGUGACAUCGCCAAAGUCAAGCAGGAGAACAAAUUGAAGUUCGCUGUGCACCUGGAGGAGCACUACAAGGUCAAGAUCAACCCCCAGUCCAUGUUUGACUACCAAGUCAAAAGAAUCCACGAGUACAAGAGACAGCUGCUCAACUGUCUGCACAUGAUCACCUACUACAACCGUAUCAAGAAGGAGCCCAACAAGCACUGGACCCCAAGAACCAUCAUGGUCGGAGGAAAGGCUGCACCAGGCUACCACACAGCCAAGAUGAUCAUCCGUCUCAUCACAGCUAUCGGUGAGGUUGUCAACCACGACCCCGUUGUCGGCGACCGCCUCAAAGUCAUCUUCCUGGAGAACUACAGAGUCACCCUGGCUGAGAAAGCCAUCCCCUCUGCCGACCUGUCUGAGCAGAUCUCUACAGCUGGCACCGAGGCCUCUGGCACUGGUAACAUGAAGUUCAUGCUGAAUGGUGCUCUGACCAUCGGCACCAUGGAUGGAGCCAACGUGGAGAUGGCUGAGGAGGCCGGAGAGGAAAACCUCUUCAUCUUUGGCAUGAGAGUGGAGGAUGUGGACGCAAUGGACGCCGGCAAAGGAUACCACGCCUCUGAGUACUACAACCGUAUUCCCGAGCUGAAGCAGGCCAUGGACCAGAUUGCUGGCGGCUUCUUCAGUCCCAAGGAGCCUGACCUCUUCAAGGAACUUGUGGACCUGCUGAUGCACCACGACAGGUUCAAGGUGUUUGCUGACUAUGAAGCCUACAUCAAAUGCCAGGACAAGGUCAACCAACUGUACAAGAAUCCCAAGGAAUGGACCAAGAUGGUGAUCCAUAACAUUGCGGGCUGUGGUAAAUUCUCCAGUGACCGCACCAUUGCCCAGUACGCCCGAGAGAUCUGGGGCAUGGAGCCCAGCCUGGAAAAGAUCCCUGCCCCCGAUGAGAAACUCAAAUAAGCUGUCAGUCCAAUCCCAUCUCCACCACUGACCCUAUGUACUGCUGUUAGGAGAUAAGCACCGUUAGAUACGUCUGAGGAAAAUGGCAAAUAAUUUCUCAAAGCACUUGAAUGACUGUAAUGAUUGAUGCCUGUCUAAUUUGUCUCAUACACAGAGUUCUGGCUAUUCACAUGGCUCAUACCUUAUUGUGACAGGUCUUGAGACCAGAAUAGCAAAAAAUGAAAAAGGAAGCAAUGCCUUCUGUUUUGUAAAAAUAGAGAGGUGAAUUUACCGGUGUUCUCUGUUCCGUCACUAAUCAGACCGUGCAGGUGGUUACAAUCUAAACUGCUGUUGUGGAGAAGACAUAAGAGUUGUGUGGUGGGUUUUGUGUUUGGUUGUGCAUUCUGGAGUGUAUCAAAAUGUAUGUAUGCUUGGAUCCAUUCUGAAUGAGUUUCUGUGCUCUUAAAUGCAAGAGUAGGUUGAGCUGUGUGUCUUUUAUCUUAGCUUGAAUGCUGUCAGUAUCGUGCAUGCAUUCUCAAAGCAUAGACUCUAGUCCACGAUGAGAACAUGCAUUCUCUUAGGGUACUGCCAUGAUCGUGCUGUGUUUGUCCCUCUUAGCGGACAAUAGACACUGGCCCUGAUCGGACAGCUCAGAGUCUUCUCUUUUCUGUCCAUAAAAACACAUGGAUGGGUUUACCCCUCUACACCCCAUCUACCUUAUAUAUAUGGCAGUGUUGGCUGGUGAGGGUAGAACGGCUCAUAAUAAUGGCCGUAACGGCCCGGAUGGAAUGGAAACCAUGUGUUUGAUGUAGUUGAUACCAUUCCAGAUAUUCUGCCCAGACAUUAAUACAAGCCCGUUCUCGCCAAUUAAGAUGCCAGCAACCUCCUGUGAUGUAUGGUGCCUAACCCUCUGAGGGGACAUAGGCCUGCAAUAAUAUGUUGAUCUGAAUCUCCCACAGAAGGUUUGCUGAAGGGAGGACGGCUCAAAAUAAUGACUGGAAUGGAGUGACAUGAAUGGUAUCAACAACAUGGAAACCCUGUGUUUGAUACUAUUCCGUUCCAGCCGUUACUAUGAGCAUGUCCUCCCCAAUGAAGCUGCAACCAGCCACCUGUGGAUCUAGUCUUUUUACUUUUUAAUUGGGUAGAAAAAAACAAUGCUAAACAGCUUUCUGUUUGUCAACUUGCGUAUGUUUCGUCUUUACCUGAAGAAACCAACGUUUCCAUGUAGUCUAUUUGAAGGCCUCUGAGGGCUAGCCUGGGAACCAGUGAAGCAGAGCAGCGGAGGGGUGGGAUAACACAGCUGCUCCACAGUUGGAGGAAGCAUGUCAGUGUUUUGAUGUUGGGACCCACAUAAUGGCCUUGCCACCCAUUCUGAAACCCAGCUCCUUGUUUGUUUCACCUUACGGCUGUCAAUAAUGCCAACUGUGGCCAAUGAAGCCUCAUCCUCCGACCACGUCUUUUCAGGAUGUUCUAGUCUAGUUAUACAACCACAUUAAAGUAUACUAGACACUAA